UUUGAAGAUUUGUUACAUAUGGUCUCGAGAAUUGAGAGUAAUGGAUUUGGAGUGUAUUACAAGUAUAAGGAAAGAAAUGUUUUGUUUGGUAGAGAUAAGUUAUGAUAAAGAUGAAACAAGAAUAACACAACUAUCAGUUCUGAUAGAUGAAACAUCAGAAUUAUCAAGCGAUGGUAAAAAAUUGUAUGGUGAAAUGAAAUUUGUAGCUCUUCGCAAUAUUCUUAAAGGAGAAGAACUCACAAUUUCAUAUCUGCAAGAUGAAAAUGACUUACUACCACUACAAUCACGACGACAGAAACUUUUAAAUGAAUAUUAUUUUUCGUGUCAAUGUUGUAGAUGUGUCGCGGAAGAAAAACAAGGUAGAAAGAAAAAGAAAAAUGUUAAUCGAAACAUAACAUUAAAAACCUUUACAAUAUUGCAACGAAUUACUCGAGGAUCUGAAUUUAACCUUUUCCUUAUUUCUGCCAGUACCAAUGG